CAAAAAAUAAAUCAAAUAUUCACUUUUUUUUUUUUUUUUCCUGCAGGAAAAUGCUGAGAAGCCUGAAAGGACUCGUGUGCCAUUCUGUGAAGCUGGGCCGUGGCUGUGCCCUGCCCAGGGCUGGCCUGAGCUCUGUGUCCAGCCAGGAUGUCCCAGCAGAAAAACCCCGAGCGAUUUUCCACACCAGCGAGAGCGACCCGGCCAAGCACACGGAGCAGCACGAGGGUCGUCUGUACAGCAUCCCCCUGGAGGAGCUGAAGGCUGUGUUCCCCCAUGGGCUGCCCCAUCGCUUCCAGCAGCAGAUCCAGACCUUCAACGAGGCGCGGGUGAUGGUGCGGAAGCCGGCGCUGGAGAUCCUCUCCUACCUGAAGGGCUCCAACUUUGCCCACCCUGCUGUCAGAUACGUGAUCUAUGGUGAGAGAGGAACAGGCAAGACCAUGACCCUGUGCCACGUGGUUCACUACUGCUCCAGGCAGGGCUGGCUGGUGGUGCACGUCCCCGAUGCUCAUCUCUGGGUGAAGAACUGCAAGGAGCUUUUUCAGUCUUCCUACAACAAAGAGCGGCUGGAUCAGCCCCUGCAGGCUUCAGUCUGGCUCAAGAACUUCAAAGCCUCCAAUGAACGUUUCCUGCAAGAGAUAAAAACACAGAAAAAAUACAUUUGGGGCAAAAGAGAAAGCACAGAGGAGGGCAGACCUUUGAGGGAGGUGGUGGAGCAGGGCCUGGCUCGGGUCAGGAGCGCCAGCGACGCCGUGGGGGUGCUGCUGCGGGAGCUGAAGCUGCAGAGCCAGCGCGGCUCCUGCCGGCUCCUGGUGGCCGUGGACGGCGCCAACGCGCUCUGGGGACGGACCUCGCUGAGCAAGGAGGACAAGAGCCCGGUGAGCAGCUGCUGCCGGCCUCGGCACGGUCACAGCAACGCUGCUUGCAGCAGCAGUCACACCUGGUUUUGUUCCAGCACGCGUGGUUUUUGCGCGUUUGUACAAAAGCCAUAAGUUCGCGUUUUAUUCAUUGGUCGCUUCAAGUGCUCAUGGUU